CAGGAAUCAAAAGUCUGUUGGACAGCCAUGGUGGUGUGACCUUCAACUUGUCAGCCGAGGCCUCGAUCUCACUUGACCUGCACUACGUGACCCCGGACAUGCGCUUCACCUUCUGCUGUUCCGCAAUGCAGACUGGCGCCGCCAACCUUCACGUGGAUUAUAGGUCUAAGGGAAACAUCAUGGCCGCCAAAGCGAGAACCGAGCCCAUGAUUCAUCUGGUACCAAGAAACCUCUCCUCUAACCUGGAAGGUCAGUUCUUCACGCUGAUGCUGAUCGACCCGACAAAGGAGUUGAAUACUACCACCCCAAACUCCAACGUUCACUGGCUUGUUGUCAACAUCCACGCCGAAAACAUCUCAUCUGGCGAUGUCCUCGUGGAAUACAUGCCCCCAAUGCCACAUGCUACAAAGAACAUGUUUCUGGCGCUACUGUACAAGCAAGCUAACAGAACCGAACAAGUGAAGAACAUCACGGGCUUGUUCGGUUAUGAUUGCCCUCGAAGCACCAAGUACGAGUAACGAGAUUUGGUCUAAAUAUGGCUGAGUGAGUGA